GGCAUUUGGUGCGGUACCGCAGCCUUUGGCUCCGACGAUAUCCCGCUGGCAGUGUGUCACAUCCCGUGGGUUUGAAGGAAGAGAUGAAGUUCUUCAAAGAUGUCUCCCUUGUCGCGUGCUUUGCCGAGUUCGUCGGUAUGGCCCUGUUCGUGACCAUCGGAUGUGGCAGUGCUAUGGGUAUCCAGGGCUCAGGCGAUGAAGGCGGCAGCGGCGCCAAUGAGGAGGAGACCACCGCGGGAGAGACGACCUCCAUGAUUCCUGGCUACGUAUUGAUGGUAGCCUUGGUCUUUGGCCUCUCCAUUACUGCCUUGGCUUAUGCCAUUGGACACUACAGCGGUGGCCACCUCAACUGCGCUGUGACGCUGGGCCUGGUCCUCACCGGCGACUGCGGUGCGCUGCCUCAGGGAAUCUGCAACUUUGGCUCCCAGAUGUUGGGCUCCAUCCUGGGUGCUAGCGUCCUCUGUGCGAUCUUCCCAUCUGAGCUGGACAUGACGAAAAGCUUGGGGGCCAACAGCGUGGGUCCGAAGUGGCAUUGGUGGAAUGCUUUGUUCGCCGAGAUCAUGGGCACCUUCCUGCUGAUGUUCGUGGCCUGCAUCGCCAUCGGCCUGGCUGUGUUCAUGGCCCACUGCGUCCUGAUCCCCAUCGACGGCUGCUCCAUCAACCCUACACGCUCCUUUGGCCCCGCUCUCUUGAACAUCCACCGCAUGGAAGCUCCAAAGUCCGAGGAGCCCGGAGCUAACAUGGUGGGUGCGGUAGCAGUGGCGUCCACCGUGAAGGUUGAACCAACCGUCUCCGACGACGUUAUGGGGCCCAGCUACUGGCGCGACAUGUGGAUCUUCUGGAUUGGCCCUCUCCUUGGAGCAAGUCUUGCCGCAGGUGUUUACAAGAUCAUGCUCAAACUGGACGAGCCAGCAAAGGAGACGCCAGAUCCAGAGGCCGGCGGCUACGGCUACUUGCCAAGGCUCUUGGGCGGCAAGGCCCAGCAGGACGCGGGUUCAGCCAAGUCUUCCGAG